UUUGGUUACAUUCUGGCAGGCACCGAAGAGAGUACGCUUUGUGUAAUGCUCCCACAUUUCUUAUCGUGACCUAGUGUUGUAAACUUCGCUGCCGCCAACAUGAAGCUCUUCUUAGUAUUCUGGACAAUAUUCGCGCUGGUUUCAGCGGAAUGGGUACCAAGAACCAGUGAUCAAAUGUACAAGGAUCAAGCGGAAUGCUUCAAGCAACUAGAAUUGACAAAAGAAGAACAGGAAAAAGUGAAGAAAGAAGACUUCCCUGACGAGCCAAAAUUCCGCUGCUAUUUACGGUGUAUACUGAUGGGCGGCCAAAUCUGGGACGAUGAAAAAGGAUACAACCCGGAAAGAGCAUACGCGGAACUACUGAACAUACACAUGACAGCAGACGUUGAGAAUCUAAGAAAGUGCAACACCCAAAAUUUACACCAUUCCGAUUCUUGUACACGAGCGUUCCGAGUUGUGAAAUGUUUCGCUAACAAUAACUAUAUCACAAGUAUUAAACCCAAAAGCUAAUUUAUUUUAUAAUAGGACAACUGUAGAGACUAAGAAAUUGAUUUAAUUUGUAAAAAUAAGAUGAUAUUGUGAUUUAAAUAAACGACGUAAAGAUAGUGGUAACAUGUA